UUGAAUUAUAGUGCGGGAGUGAAAAUCGAAUUUCAUCAGUUUUUACACUUGCAUACAUACACACAUACAGUCACACUUUUUGCCUUGUUCAUGAUCAUUGACGGGGUUCUUGGGUAGUGGUGUGCUUCGGCACAUCUUACCUUACAUUUUAACACAAUCACCAACACAUACACAUUAUCAUAAAUAACAUAUAUAUUAGUGCAGUGCAGUGAAGUGAGUGAGUAGUGUUCAAAUGUAAUAUACAAAACCCCGGAAGAAGGAUAAUAGAUAUUGAAACUAGAAAUUUCAUCAUCAACUGAAAAUGGAAAUGAAUAAAACUCAGAAAAAGAAAUGGAAUGAGAAUGGAAAUUAUGAAAUGCUGAUGUCAACAGAAUUUGCAGUGCAGUGAAGUGUUGUGUAUUGUAGUGCGCGAGUGUUGUUUCAUAGUGCGGGAGUGAAAAUCGAAUUUCAUCAGUUUUUACACUUACAUACAUACACACAUACACUCACACUUUUUGCCUUGUUCAUGAUCAUUGUCAGGGUUCUUGGGUUUUGGUGUGCUUCGGCACAUCUUACCUUACAUUUUAACACAAUCACCAACACAUACACAUUAUCAUAAAUAACAUAAAUAUUAGUGCAGUGCAGUGAAGUGAGUGAGUGAGUAGUGUUUAAAUAUAAGUGUGCGCAUUAUUAUUGCUGUUUAACAAUUGUUCAGGACGCAGAAAACAGAAGACAAAACCCCAGAAGAAGGAUAAUAGAUAUUGGAACUAGGAAUUUUAUCAUCAACUGAAAAUGGAAAUGAAUAAAACUCAGAAAAAGAAAUGGAAUGAGAAUAGAAAUUAUGAAAUGCUGAUGUCAACCGAAUGUGCAGUGCAGUGAAGUGUUGUGUAUUAUAGUGCGGGAGUGAAAUUCAAAUUGCUUUAGUUAACAAUUACAUACAUUUACACACACACACAUACACAUUUACACUUUUUACUCUGUUCAUGAUCAUUGUCAGGGUUCUUGGGUUUUGGUGUGCUUCGGCAUAUCUUACCUUACAUUUUAACACAAUCACCAACACAUAAUACACAUUAUCAUGAAUAACAGAUAUAUUAGUGCAGUGCAGUAGUGCAGUGAAGUGAGUGAGUAGUGUUCAAAUAUAAGUGCGCGCAUCAUUAUUUUUCAAUGUCACUGUUUAACAACUGUUCAGGACGCAGAAAACAAAAGACAAACCCCCAGAAGAAGGAUAAUAUAUAUAUUGGCACUAGGAAUUUCAUCAUCAACUGAAAAUGGAAAUGAAUAAAUCUCAGUAUGAGAAAUGAAAUGAGAUUGGAAAUUUUGAAAUGCUGAUGUCAACAGAAUGUGCAGAGCAGUGAAGUGUUGUGUAUUAUAGUGCGCAAGUGUUGAAUUAUAUUGUGCAUUAAGCAAGUGUUAGUGCAGGAGUGCGCGAGUGUUGCAAUAUAGUGCGGAAGUGCUGAGAUAUUUAAUAAUUUCUUUACAGAUGCAUCAACAAUUUAUACGUAUUUUUUAACUGCACGAAAAUUAAAAGUCACUGAAUUAAUUGUCAUGUUGCACGUUGUUGUCUUGCUUUUGAAUGCGAAACAAGAAGAUUCUUCCAUCCUGAGGACCAAGAAGAGAUGACGCAAUCUAUUUAAAUAAGGCCCAUUUCAUAGGAAGUUGAAAAGCCGAAGAAGAUGAUGUUAUCCGUCCCCGCCGAGGUCGAUCCUGAAGGUCCCAAAUCAGCCAGCUUUCCAACUGUCCCUAUGGGUCAGGGCCUGAUGUGUAUACCCAUCAAGGAAUGGGUUCCUACCCUCGCAAAGCCGGAAAGAAAUUGAGCUGGAGAACAGGUGCGGAGCAGUUCCAUCCACGCCGCGGUCGAUCCAGACGUAUCCAGCUUCUCAGCGAGAAAAAGCCUUUGGGGUCAGGGCUCGAUGUGUAUACCCAUCAAGGAAUGAGCUGCUGCCUCCAGAGGAUUGAACAGCCUCCAAGAUGCUGAGGAGCUGGAUGAUGACAUCAUUUCCUUAGAGAUCAAGAUGAGGUUUCAAGUAUAGGGAAUAAGGGGCAUAAAUAUGUACACAAAUUAUGAAUUUUUAAUUGCUUUAAUAAUUUGAUUUGUUUUUCUUAGUUUUUCCAAAAGAACUUCAAUGCUAGAAGACGAAUUAUUGUAAUCGAUUCAGAAUCCAGAAAACGAUCUUUAAUCGAAUGAAAUAAAUAUGGGUUCUCAUUGGAGAAAAAAAGCUAUUUAAAUGGAAAAGCAACCAUGGACCAGCCAGUAUCAAUAGCAAACGAAUAAAAUGGUAAACAAAAUCUGCUUUAAUUUCAACUGAUCUUCGUAGAAUCAAUCAGGCAACUAUCAGUUAACAGUCAUGUACAGAAUCAAGAAUUCAAACGAAACUAUGUUAAAACUUCAAGUUAGAAUCAACAAAUUGAGAAGAGCAAGAAAUCAAUUUGGAAAUUGGAAUGAACAUGAAUAACAACAAUAACUGUGAUAAAUAAUAGUGUUUGUGUGUUUUUAUAUAGUGCGCGAGUGUUGUAUCAUGGUGCGGGAGUGAAAUCCAAAUUUCUUUAGUUAACAAUUACAUACACUUACACACCCUCACACAUUUACACUUUUUGCCCUGUUCAUGAUCAUUGUCAGGGUUCUUGGGUAUUGGUGUGCUUCGGCACAUCUUACCUUACAUUUAAACACAAUCACCAACACAUACACAUUAUCAUAAAUAACAUAUAUAUUAGUGCAGUGCAGUGAAGUGAAGUGAGUGAGUAGUGUUCAAAUAUAAGUGCGCGCAUCAUUAUUUUUCAGUGUCACUGUUUAACAACUGUCCAGGACGCAGAAAACAGUAAACAGAACCCCAGAAGAAGGAUAACAGAUAUUGGAACUAGGAAUUUCAUCAUCAACUGAAAAUGGAAAUGAAUAAAUCUCAGAAAGAGAAAUGAAAUGAGAUUGGAAAUGAAUGUGCAGUGCAGUGAAGGGUUGUGUAUUACAGUGCGCGAGUGUUGUUUCAUAGUGCGGGAGUGAAAACAAUUACAUACACUUACACUCACACACAUUUACACUUUUUGCCCUGUUCAUGAUCAUUGUCAGGGUUCUUGGGUAUUGGUGUGCUUCGGCACAACUUACCUUACAUUUUAACACAAUCACCAACACAUAAUACACAUUAUCAUAAAUAACAUAUAUUAGUGCAGUGCAGUAGUGCAGUGAAGUGAGUGAGUAGUGUUCAAAUAUAAGUGCGCGCAUCAUUAUUUUUCAAUGUCACUGUUUAACUAUUGUUCAGGACGCAGAAAACAAUAAACAGAACCCCAGAAGAAGGAUAACAGAUAUUGGAACUAGGAAUUUUAUCAUCAACUGAAAAUUGAAAUGAAUAAAUCUCAGAAAGAGAAAUGAAAUGAGAAUGGAAAUUCUGAAAUGCUGAUGUCAACAGAAUGUGCAGUACACAUACAUUAUAUUGUAUGUAUGUAUGUAUGUAUGUAUGGUGCGUUUAGUUACCUAAGCAAGGGUUAGUGCGGGAGUGCGCGAGUGUUGUAAUACAGUGCGGGAGUUCUGAGAUAUUUAAUAAUUACUUUACAGAUGCAUCAACAGUUUAUACACAUUUUUUAACUGCACGAAAAGUCAUAGUCAUUGAAUUAAUUGUCAUGUUGCACGUUGUUGUUUUGCUUUUGAAUGCGAAACAAGAAGAUCCUUCUAUCCUGAGGGCCAAAGAGAGAUGACGCGUUCUAUUUAAAUAAGGCUCAUUUCAUAAGAAGUUGAAAAGCCGAAGAAGAUGAUGUUAUCCGUCCCCGCCGAGGUCGAUCCUGAAGGUUCCAAAAUCGGUCAGAUUUCUAGCUGCCCCGAAGGGUCAGGGCCUGAUGUGUAUACCCAUCAAGGAAUGGGUUCCUACCCUCGCAAAGCUAAAAAGAAACUGAGCUGGAGAAGAGGCCGAUGUGGAGCAGUUGCAUCCACGCCGCGGUCGAUCCUGACGUAUCCAGCUUCUCAGCGAGCACAAGCCUUUGGGGGUCAGGGCUCGAUGUGUAUACCCAUCCAGGAAUGGGCUGCUGCCUCUAGGGGUAUAAACAGCCGCCAAGAUGCUGAGAAGCUGGGUUACAACAUUUCUUGCCACUGUCGGGAUUUAACUAAUAGAGGACAUGCGACAACAACAAUUAUCCAGCACCAAAAAACAUUUAUUGUUAUAAUUUUUUUAAUUGCUUUGAUGUUUUUUGUUUUAGUUUUGCCAAAAGAACUUGAAAGUUAAGAAGACGAAACAUUAUAAUGGAAGAUGUCAUAUUCUAUAGAGAACAUAAAAUUGAUCUACAAAUGUCAGAAUGAGAUAACGCAAGGUUGUGUUUCAUGUGUUCACGAGCAGUUCGUAGUGUAGUGUAGUGUAGUCAUAGCAAGCGCGUAGUCGUAGGUUGUAGUUGUAGCUGUAGUCGUAAUCUAGAAGUAGUGUAGUGGACUGCAAAAUGAACACAGAGAUACAAUCGUUGCAAAUGUAACUGACUGCGUUUAUUGAUGAGAGAUGUGAAGAUGCAUAUCGACAGUAAUUGUUCCGGAACGACCUGAAGAAACACUCAACUCUUGCCACCGUCGACGUCUACCAAGAGAGACCCGGGGCAAAGAAGCAACAUUUUGUUUUGAUAUCACGAUUUUUAAAUAAAUAAAAUCGAGACAUUAUUACAAUAUAACAUAAUUGUUAUUAUAUAAACAUACUAUUCUUUGGGGUGGUUGCUGAGUGCGUAAUCACUUCAUCCUCAUCAUAAUUAAAAAUUUUAAUUUGCUACAUAAAUUGUAUUCUUGUUUAGCAAAGGACUAAUUCUUGCUUGCUGUCUGGAUUUUGCACCUGACCCCGACAUCGUAGGAGAAAUAUUCUCGUAUCAGAUUGUGUUUUGCACGUGAACUCGACAUCGAAGGAAAACUAUUCUUUCAUCAGAUUGUGUUUUGAACCUGAAGCCGAUGUCCUAGGAGAAUCAUUCAUGUAUCAGAUUGAGAAUCAUUCAUGUAUCAGAUUGUGUUUUGAACCUGAAGCCGAUGUCCUAGGAGAAUCAUUCAUGUAUCAGAUUGAGAAUCAUUCAUGUAUCAGAUUGUGUUUUGAACCUGAAGCCGAUGUCCUAGGAGAAUCAUUCAUGUAUCAGAUUGAGAAUCAUUCAUGUAUCAGAUUGUGUUUUGAACCUGAAUCCGACGGCCUAGGAGAAUCAUUUUUGUAUCAGAUUGAGAACCAUUCUUGUAUCAGAUUGUGUUUUGAACCAGAACCCCACAUCAUAGGAGAACGAUUCUUAUAUCAGAUUGUGUUUUGAACCUGAAGUCGACAUCGUAGGAGAACCAUUUUGGUAUCAGAUUGUGUUUUGAAACUGAACCCGACGUUGUAGAGAAACGAUUCUUAUAUCAGAUUGUAGGUUUUUUUAAAACUGAAUCCGACCUCGUAGGAGAAGCUUUCUUGUAUCAGAUCGUGUUUUGCACCUGAACCCGACAUCGUAGGAAAACUAUUCUCACAUCAGAUUGUAUUUUGAACCUAAACCCGACAUCGUAGGAGAACCAUUCUUGUAUCAGAUUGUUUUUUGAAACUGAAUCCGACAUCGUAGGAGAAGCUAUCCUGUAUCAGAUUGUAUUUUGAACCUGAACCUGACAUCGUAGGAGAACCAUUCUUUUGUUAGAUUAUGUUUUGAACCCGAACUCGACAUCGUAGGAUAACCAUUCUUAUAUCAGAUUGUAACUAUUUAAUUUCUUCUAUAUACGCACUUACCGGUAGAAUCCAACAUGUACGCAUGCGCUGCAUACUUUACUUUGCUUGCGCACUCAAUAUUGUCAUCUGUCCUUGGCCCCGGCAGGUUAGUUGUGCAGUCUUAGCGCAUCUCCGUAGUAUUAUAUCUCGUGUUUUUAAAGUGUAAUAUUCAAUUGGCAAUCGACUGCAGUUAAUGACAAAUGAGUUACGAUGAAUUGUGUUUAAAAUUUUCAUAAAUGCGCAAAUUUAGUGUCUUCUUGUGAGUUUCAUCAGUCGGAUAUUACAAUGUGGAUGCAACAUUUGUUGAAGACUAUUGUGAUGAGAAAAUUUACAUAACGUCAAGGAGUUGAACGUGAUCUUGGUGUACGAGAUCGUGCAAUCGUGCCCGCAUUCAAUUUCGAUCGUGCGAUGUUGUUCGGAACACACGUGUUUGGAUCACAAGUCGAUCUUCGUAACUAGUUUGCGCGUUUCUUGUGAUUUUAAGUCGGUAGUUGAAUUUGAAUCGAUUAGCACAGAUAACAUUUAGAAUUAACGGACUAGUGCGGCGUGCAGUUAAUGAAUUAUCGCGCGUGGAAGCCAGAAUUGUGCAGUUUUACAUUGUUCGCACGUUUUUGCCGUCGGCCAUCGGAUAUCUCUCGUCGACACGAAGAAUUCUUACUGGAUUUAUAUAUUUUUGUACAUUUAUUAAAUAAUUCAAACGUGGAAAUAUACUUCGAUUGUUUCCUGUGUGGAAAUCUAAUCCGUACCAGUUUGUGAAGAUUAAACAUUCAAGUAAGUGUAACUUGUAACUUAAGUCACUUUUGUAAGUAACGUUGAACACAUGUACUUAAAUUUGUGUAUGUACUGUCUUGAUUAAAUGAGUUUGAAUAAAAUAUAAUUUAAUAGUA